GACGCACCACUUUUCCACCUGCCAAAUUGCUUGCCCCAAAAGAGUGCUGCGCCCACGAAGCAGGUGGGCCCUGGGCUGGCCCAGCCCCAUCCAUGCCGGCACCAGACAGAGAGGCAUGGCCACUACAACCCAUGGAUCUCACAGAGAAGUUCGAGGCGGUGGCCAAUUGUAGCGAUUCGCCAUUGAAAGCUGCAGUUGGAGGAGAUCGAGGUGAUCACCUCGCGGCGAGCGAGGCAACAACUCCAGCAGGUAGCAGCAAGAGAGCCAAGGGGCCAGGUUCGGCUUCUGCAAGGGGAAGCUGCGAAGCGCUCGGCAGCUUGUGGCAAGAAAUUGACAGCUCCCAGUCACAGGCCACAGACACGCCCAGAACCAAGAGGUCUCUAGGCCGAGGGGCCAAACGAAAACCUGCGGCUGCUCCAAAGGUGAAAGCCGCAGCGUCGCCGAAAGCAGCCGCGAAGCGUGGACGAGGUGCUGGUGCUCCCAAGGCCAAGGCCAAGGCCAAGGCGAAAGCAGCCAGCAAGCCGCUGGCGCGCCCUGCCGCCAAGGUCAUGAAACGGACCUGACCGUCGAAGAGUCGAAGCGGAGCGAGUUUUCCAGUCCUCCUCUGGUGUGAAGGUAACACCUACAGCUUCGCCAGAGCAGCAUCUACCGGCGAGGGAGGUGCUCUGAUCGAUUCAGGAUCCAUCAUGCAUCGCAUCUCCAUUU